ACCAAACCCUAAAAAUAACGCCAUCUAUCGGACAAAAGCUACUUCCGCAAACAAUGAUGGGCAGGGUACAUAGGAAAUGUAGACCAACUUUAGUGAUUAAUUAAGCAAGAAAAUAAUUUGAUAAUUUUCAAAAUGGGUGAUCAUAUGGUGGGUGAAAAGAUCACCCUGACUGAUGCUCUUCAGAAUGUUGAUGUUCUGGAUGAGUUACCUCUCCCUGACCAACAGCCAUGCAUCGAGGGAAUGUCCCUUUCCAUUCAGUACCAGGCAAAUUUUGAUACCAAUUUUGAAGACAGGAGUGCCUAUGUAACAGGAGUCGCAAAGUAUAUAGAAGAGGCCACCGUCCAUGCUGACCUUAACAAGUUGUUAGAGGAAGGACAGGAGUAUGCUGCCAUGUUGUAUACCUGGAGAUGUUGUUCUAGAGCUUUACCACAGGUUAAAAGUAAUGAACAACCUAACAGAGUAGAAAUUUACAACAAAAUCGUGGAAGUUCUUGACCCACAGGUCUCCAAACUGAUGGACCUCAUGUAUUUCACGAAAAGAGCAAUAGAGCGUUUUGGUAAUGAGGUCAAAAGACUUUGUCACAAAGAGAAGAGGAAUGAUUUUGUGUCAGAAGCUUACCUUUUAACACUAGGAAAAUUUAUUAACACAUUUGCGGAGUUGGAUGAACUAAAAAAUAUGAAAGCUAGUGUCAAGAAUGACUAUUCGGCAUACAGAAGAGCUGCUCAGUUUUUAAAAGUAAUGGCAGAUCCCCAGUCUCUUCAGGAGUCACAGAAUCUGUCUAUGUUUUUGGCAACACAGAAUAAAAUCCGGGACAUGCUAAAGGAAGCCCUUGAAAUAACACCAGGGUAUGAAGAGCUGCUAGCAGAUGUUGUCAACAUCUCUGUUCAUAUGUAUGAAAACAGACUCUUCUUGGAACCCUCAGAAAAGCACAUGCUUGUGAAGGUCAUGGCAUUUGGUUUGUUCUUGAUGGACAACAAGGAAAACAGUAUUUACAAAAUGGAUGGCAGAAAAAGAGUCAAUUUAACAAAGAUAGAUAGGAUUUUAAAGCAAUUGGAAGUUGUCCCCCUUUACGGAGACAUGCAGAUCAAACCUUACCAUUACAUCCAAAAGAGCUUGAACUUUGACCCCUCACGAUGGACAUUUUGUGAGUCUAGUCAGCUUAGUCCUCAGUCUAGCCUGUUAGCUAAUCUGGAGGCCAUUAGAGAAGAUCACAUGGCGUACAUCAGUCAGUUGGCCAGACACAGUAAUGAGGCCAUUACCACCACCAGGGAGAGUCCCAGGUCAGACUAUGAGAAUAAGGAGUUAAGUGACUUGGCCCUCAGGGGGCUACAUCUAAUGUCAGCAUGGACACAACAGGUCAUGGAACUGUACUCUUGGAAGCUCCUGCACCCAACUGACACACACCAGAACCCGGAAUGUCCCCAGGAUGCAGAGGAGUAUGAGAGGUCAACUCGUUAUAACUAUAGCAGCGAUGAAAAGUUUGCCAUUGUGGAAGUGAUUGCCAUGAUUAAGGGGCUACAACUCCUGAUGGCCAGGAUGGAGUCCGUGUUUCUGGACGCCAUCAGAAGACACAUUUAUGCUGCUCUACAGGAUUUUGUACAGCUAGGUCUAAGAGAUCCACUGAGAAAGGCAAUCAGAAAGAAAAAUGAUGUCAUCAAAGUAUUGAUAUUGUCUGUGCGAGACACCUGUGUUGAUUGGAUGAGAGGGGUAGAACCUCAUGAUGACCCAGCAAUGAAGGGUAAAAAAGAUCCUGAUGAAGGAUUUACAAUCAAAGUACCACGUAGGAAUGUUGGUCCUUCAACCACACAGCUGUACAUGGUACGGACAAUGUUGGAGUCCCUGAUUGCGGACAAGAGUGGUGGCAGUGGGAAGAAGACCUUGAGGAAGGACAUUGAUGGACAACAUCUAAUGGCUAUUGAUCAGUUCCACAAAGAGUCCUUCUACUGGAAUUACCUCCUCAACUUCAAUGACUCUCUACACAGAUGUUGUGAUUUGUCUCAGCUUUGGUACAGAGAAUUCUUCCUGGAGAUGACAAUGGGAAAAAGAAUUCAAUUUCCAAUUGAAAUGUCCAUGCCUUGGAUUCUUACAGACCAUGUUCUGGAAACCAAAGAUGCUUCCAUGAUGGAAUAUAUCCUGUAUCCUUUAGACCUGUACAAUGAUAGUGGUCACUAUGCCUUGACCAAGUUCCACAAACAAUUCCUCUAUGAUGAAGUGGAAGCAGAGGUCAACCUUUGUUUUGACCAGUUUGUGUACAAACUCAGUGAUCAAAUCUUUGCCUACUACAAACAUUUAGCUGGCAGUAUAAUGCUUGACAAGAGAUUUCGAGCAGAGUGUGCUAGCUUUGGAACAAAGAUAGUUUAUCCUGUUGCCAAUAGAUACAAGACCCUUCUCAAACAGAGACAUGUUCAGAUUCUAGGUCGUUCAAUAGAUUUAAAUCGCCUGCUUGGCCAGAGAGUUAAUGCCUCGUUACAAAAGGCUCUGGAUGUUGCCAUUUCUAGAUUUGAGGGAGGAGAAUUGACAGGCAUUGUGGAGCUAGAGGGCCUGGUAGAAUGUAAUCGCUUGGCCCACAAACUGAUGAACAAGUACAUCACCUUGAAUGACUUUGAUGCCAUGCUGAGAGAAGCUAACCACAAUGUCUCUGCCCCGUAUGGCAGAAUCACUCUUCAUGUGUUCUGGGAGGUCAAUUAUGAUUUCCUACCAAACUACUGCUACAAUGCUGCCACAAACAGAUUUGUUAAGACAGUUUUGCCAUUUGCUCCAGCUAGUCAAAGAGAAAAGCAGCCCAAUCCAUCGUAUUCUUACAUUUGGGGCACAAAGGCCCUUACCACAUCUUUUAGUGCAAUAUAUGGACUCUACCACGGUUUUGUGGGAGUCCCCCACUUCAGGUCUAUGUGUCGCCUGAUUGGAUAUCAGGGAAUAGCAGUUGUUAUAGAAGAGCUGCUGAAAAUUGUCCAAGCUUUGUUGAAAGGAACUCUGAUGGACUAUGUAAAAACCUUAAUGACGGUGAUGCCCCCAGUCUGUCGCCUUCUGAGAUAUGAUUACGGCUCUCCUGGUGUUAUGGGUUACUAUCAAGCCCAGCUGGCUGAAUUAAUCCAAUAUCCUGAUCUUAGAACUGAGGUCUUCCAGAGUUUCCGAGAAGUAGGAAAUGCCAUUCUGUUCUGUAUGCUGGUAGAACAGGCUCUGACCCAGGAAGAAGUGUGUGAUUUGAAACAUGCGGCGCCAUUUCAGAACAUCAUUCCGAAGCCCUUUAUACCAAUCAAAGAGGGUGAUAACCGGAAGGAGAAAGAACAAGAACUGAAGAACAUGAUGAAGAGGCUAGAAGCUAAAUAUGCUGCCUUACAGGUGGUGCCGGUCAUCAGUAAACUGGGUACCCCUCAGCAAGCAGACAUAGCAGCAGAAGGUGACCUACUUACCAGAGAGAGGCUGUGCUGCGGUCUAUCCAUGUUUGAGAUCGUAUUGACCAGAAUCAAAACGUUUGUUGAGGACCAGAUCUGGCAUGGCCAGCAGCCAGCCAACGGAGUCAUGAACAUUGACGAGUGUACAGAAUUCCAUCGACUCUGGAGUGCUAUACAAUUUGUGUACUGUAUGCCAGUCAGGGAAAACGAGUACUCGGUCGAAGAGCUUUAUGGGGAGGGACUGAACUGGGCUGGAUGCGCCCUCAUUGUCCUGUUGUCACAGCAACGGAGGUUUGAGGCACUAGAUUUCUGCUAUCACGUUCUCAAAGUUAAUCGUGUAGACAUGAAGGACGAAAAUGUGAAAGGCAUACAAUUGAAGAAGAUGGUGGAUCGCAUAAGAAAGUUCCAGAUUUUAAACAAUCAAAUCUUUGCCGUAUUGAACAAAUACUUAAAGACAAGUGACUCUGAAAGUAUUCCCGUCGAACACGUGCGCUGUUUCCAGCCCCCAAUACACCAGUCAUUAGCAACAACCAUAUAAUACUGACUCAAGUGUGAUUGCUGUGUUUUUUGCUCCUUGAGCAAUGAAACAAUACAGUUCUUAAAUUUGUCUUUUUGGAAUCUCAGAAAAUUAAAGGAUCCAGGAAGAAGGCAGCAGAGAUAAAAUCAAUACGUUGUCUUCCUCUUCUACAAAAGUGAAACAUUUUAUUGCGUUUGUCUUCAAACAGUAUAAGAGUGCUAAAAGUAUUGAAGAUUUUGGAAUUAUUCAAUUUUUUGACUACGUAAUUUUACAGUGAUAUACGCUUUGUGUAUUGCAUGCUGUGUAAACUUGUAUAGAUUUUAUACAAACUAGCAUACCGGUAUAUUCAUACCAUUUGUAAUUAUGCAUAAUAAAAUCAUAAUUUUC